UUUAGAUAAAAAUGGAAGAUAAUGAUGAAGAGCUUGUUAAUUUGGCACCAAUGCGAGUGCGACGUGACAGCGUACAGUCAACCAUUGCUGAUUAUUUGGCCCAUGAAGCGAAAAAUUGCUCACAAUCGGAUCUUUUGGAAUCAGAUGGUAUGAUCGAUGGAAUUAAUGUGUCGGCAUAUUUCGAACCAUCGAGUACUUCCGAAUUAGUUGCUGGAGAAAACAGCGACGACGUAGAAUUUAAUGAACCAUUGGAACGAUUCAUGCGUAAUGAAAUUGCCUACAAUGAGUUCAUGCAAAUGACAGGUGGUGUUGGAUUGGAUGAAGAAGAAGCAGGUUACGACUUCAGUGAAGACAGCGAUCACAAGAAAUCACGGACGCAGCUUGCACCACAAAGUGAAACUGCUGAAAUCGGAGUUGAAAAUGAAGCAGGCGAUGAUGGAUAUGAUGAUUUUGUUGCAGACUUACCGGAAACAUCAUUUAUCGGUGAACUAUCCAUUUCAAAGAUAGCACCACAUGAACGAUCAUUGGAAGAAGUUGAUGAAGAUCGUUUGUUGGGCAUACCACUGGAACUCAGGAAUAGUGAAUCAUUUGGUGAAACGGUUCCAGGAGCGAAACUCGUUGGCUUCGGUGGAGAAAGACGAAUGAAAACGGACAAGACAUUGGAUGCUUUAAUCGGUCAAGCAAAUGUUAUUUAUGCGAAAGGACAAACAAAAGAAGCAUUAACUAUGCUGCAGGAGGUAAUCCGACAAGAACCACGAAAUCCAGAACCAUACCGACAGAAAUCGUUGCAAUAUGGUUUGCUGGCUGCUCAUUUGAACGGUAAUCGUACAUCUGCUGUGGAAUGGGCAGAUUUGGGUGAUUAUGCUUUGAAGUUGGAUAAAAGCGAAGAGGCUGCUGCAUGUUAUGGAAGAGCAGUACGAACCGAUCCUUCCAAUCAUGUUUAUUAUGAAAAAAGGAUUGAUGCGCUUGAGAAAGCUGGGCUUAAUGUUCUUGCAAUGCGAACACGAUUUAUGGCUGCACAGUCAGUCGAUCGAGGACAAGUAGAUUUCGAAUGGUUUAGAAAUAUGAUAACAAUUGUUGCUGAUCACUACAUCAAAAUGAAUGAUGAAGAAAAAGCCGUAGCAGCGUUAGAGACGUUCGUCCUUCGUAGUCGUGAAUAUAAUCGUGAUGCUACUGAGCAACAUAAAACUGUCGUUCGCUUGCUGAUGAAUAGCCAUCGUUUUGAAGAUGCGGCAAAGUCCAUUUUCGCCCUCUGCCCUGAAAUUACUGCUCUUGAUGAAAUGGGACGUUUUGCUGUUGAGAUUAAGUACAACAAUGCAAGUUAUACAGUGAAACCAUUUCCUCCUGAAAAAGUGCAUCGUUUUCUUGUUGGCGGAAGUUUGCCGACAGUUCUUCUAGCACGUCUCGCCGUUUGUUUCAUCAGACUUGGCCGUAAAGAUCUAGCUCCGACUCUCAUAGACAAACUUUUCGAGCGGAUGAUUUUUCCGGAAGACCAGCAAGUCUAUUUGGACAUAGCACGUGCUUAUCAUGCUGUCGACUGUGUAGCACAUGCCCAAAAAUAUAUGGAACAUCUGUUGGCUCGUCCAUAUUUCCUGGAUAUUGCUGAAGCGUGGUAUCUUUACGGUCUCUUUCUUUCCAUUCGUAAGAGAUAUGAAGGUGCAUGUAAAGCUUAUCAGCAUGCAUUGGAUCUGCAGCCGUCACAUGUUGACGCACGCAUCAAUUAUUCGACAAUUCAGCAACAUCUGGGUAUGGUUGAUGAAGCAUUUGAAACGUUGCGUGAGUAUGUGUUGGAUGCUGGGAGUACUUUGCCGGAUGAAAGAUUGCUGGUGCGUCAGGCGAACUUCUUAUUUGAGCGCAAACGGAUGGAUGAAUUUGCCCGUUGUGUUCGAAUGUUGCUUGCUCCUCAUUUCUAUGAAAUUUACUUAAACAAUAUGGCUUUACUGAAAAAGAGGUUACCAGUGAGUGAACGAGGAACGAUUUACCAUGGUAUUCGUGUACAAGCAUUUAACGCAGUCCGUGGCUCUGCAUUCGAAAAGUACGUGAAACGUGUUGGACAGCUUGCAGCAGCGGAAGAACGUGCACCGAGCGAAAUUACAGGUACACAAUUACAUGAUUACUGUUUCAAAUUAUUGGAAACAUUGCUGCAGCAAAAGAGAUGCUUAGAUGCGUUGCAUGUCUGUUGUUUUGCCUACUUACAACCACUCAUCAGCAAAAAUGUUAAAACUUUGGAAACAUUUCAAAAUCUUUUGCUAUACUGUUCAAUACGAGCACAGGUUUGGCCACUGGCAUUCGAAUAUCUGCGAUGGUUCUAUACGCUUUCUCUAAACAAUAACCUCUUGCUGCCAUCAGAUCGUGAUCUAUUGUUCACCCGUAUUUUCAAUGCAAUGAAUUUUGUUUUCUGCCAUUCUCAGAAUGUUAGCUAUCAUCGAUACAUAAUGAGAGCAUUGGCACGCUCUCCGGGUCAUUUAGCGCUUCAAAUGAUUUCGGGAAAUAAUUCUUUAAUUACUGGUGCUUAUCGUCAUGCUCUUGGUGAAUAUCUACAUAUCUGGAAACUAUUUCCAGACAAUCCACUUGUCUGCAUGCUUAUUGGUCUUACAUUUGUCCACAUGUCCUGCAAAAAAGAUAUAUUCAGCCGUCAUAUGAUAGCUCUUAGAGGUCUCGCAUUCAUGAAUCGUUAUCAGCAACUGCGAGGUGAUAAUCAGGAAACAUACUAUAACGUUGGGCGCAUGUUUCACCAAAUGAAUAUUUUACCUUUGGCUAUGUAUUUCUACGGGAAAUGUUUGAAGGCUGAUAUUCCGAAAAUUGUAGUCACAGAUGAAGUCACAGGCAAUGAGCGUACGGUGGAAGCUGAAGAGUAUAAUCUUCAACCUAUGGCUGCGCAUAAUUUGGCACUGAUCUAUUUGGCGAGUGGGAAUCAUUAUGUUGCGCGGAAUUUAUUGGAAAGGUAUUGCUGCGUGGAAUGA